CCCGAGCUGAGGGCGCGGAGAGCUCAGGGCGGCGACGACAACGGCGUUGAUAUCGGUGGUAACAACGGCCUCAGCAGGCGGGGAAGAUGAAAGGGAGCAGGAUCGAGCUGGGAGAUGUGACACCACAUGAUAUUAAACAGUUGAAGAGAUUAAACCAGGUCAUCUUUCCAGUCAGCUCCAAUGACAAGUUCUACAAGGAUGCGCUGGAGGUUGGCGAGCUAGCAAAACUUGCGUAUUUCAAUGGCAUUGCAGUAUGUGCAGUAUGCUGUAGGGUGGAUCAUUCACAGAAUCAGAAGAGACUUUACAUCGUGACACUAGGAUGUCUGGCACCAUACCAAAGGCUAGGAAUAGGAACUAAAAUGUUAAAUCAUGUCUUAAACAUCUGUGAAAAAGAUGGCACUUUUGACAACAUCUAUCUACAUGUCCAGAUCAGCAAUGAGUCUGCAAUUGACUUCUACAGAAAGUUUGGCUUUGAGAUCAUUGAGACAAAGAAGAACUACUGUAAGAGGAUAGAGCCCGCUGAUGCUCAUGUGCUGCAGAAAAACCUCAAAGUCCCUUCCGGCCAGAACGCAGAUGUGCAAAAGACAGACAACUGAACAAAUUACAGAUGAACUUUCUUGCACUUGCUUGUCACCAAAUAAAAGAGAGGCCCAUUGA